UCUAAUCAUGCGCAUUUAUGGUGCACUGCUCAGGUCUUGUUUUCCUUUGCGCUGGACCUCACUUGUUAUGAUUAUCGCUUGUGAUGGUAUUGUAAAUCUCUUGGCAGAAAUAUGAGAUCUUUGUGCUAUUUUACAACGGGAACCAAUGUCGACAGCCGUUUGGCGUAAUCAGAGCAGCUCUUUUGCAGCCAUUCUUUGUUCCUGGACACUGGUCUCCCAGACGAGUAUUGCGCUAAUAUUGCGUCCUAUGGCUGCCAGUGCGAGGAUUUUUCCCAUAUUUUAACUUGCACCCUGGAUUUCACAAACGAUUUAUAUAUUUUAAUAACCAGAUGACGGCGGACUAAGAGCUUCGAGUUUUUCUCGGCAUUCGCGCACUCGGCAUUCGCAUUCGGCAUUGAAUUGCGCUAAACAUGGAAGAAUGCAGUCCGUGGGAUUCGGCGUUGGGACAUUUAAAAUCGACAGCGGAUCCUUUAGUACCCGAGCAGUUGUGGGCGCGAAGGUUAAAAUCCAAGUCCGAAAAAGGCGCAGUGCCGGGCUGCAGUAUCCCACCGGUACCCAGCUGUGCCGCUGAUCACCUACGCUCCUAUUCAUCCGAAUCAUGUCCAGCCUUAUUCACACCCUUGGCGGCCGGAAAUUCACAACUGGAUCGAGCCGGUAGCGAAACAUCGCCCACGUCAGAUUCCAUGACAUCCAAUCGCGAAUGGCGCUCCUGCCAAUAUCUAGCGGAAGAUCAAGCUGAUUUGCCGGCAACCGUUCCGCAUCCCGUGGCCGUGAAUGCAAUCGAUAAUUUCAAACCUUCAAAAUUUUUACAACGGCAGCCCGCAAUUUCCACCCAGUUCACCGCGCGCUUUGACACCUUCUUGAGCACGGACAUUCCUUGUAGCCCUCACCGGCGCCGCUUAAACGCACAAGACGUCCGGAUACAGAUCACCGGCGCCACAUUCGAUCAUUCCAGUUUCGAGCACAAGAGCAGCCAGGAAAGCAUUUGCAAUCUGGAUGUAACGUCGUCGACGCACCGCGGUGAUAGUGGGAAUGUUGUGCACAGUGCCGAUAUGGCGGAUAUACCCGAUCCUCACGCAACGGAUAGCUUUGAUGUCCAGAUCGCUGGAAUGGUUCCCCUGACUGUUCCGGUUCCUUCCCGCCCUAGAAGUUUUAGCGCACCGUCGUUUGAUUUCAUCGAUGAAGCAUCGAACUGGAAUGAAUUUGGUAAAGCGGACGUUAAUAUUAUUGCACCGGAUUCCGCGGCUGCCUCUUCGACACUUCCUCUUAACGAAUCUUUCGACUCGACUGCUGCGAAUGCAACCAACACACAAUAUCGCGCUUCUAAGGGAUCUGGCAGCAAACCUCGGUGUCUCAGUACGGGGGCGACCAGUUCCAGUGAAUGGGAUGUGUCGUUGGACUCCACGGAUUCUGAUCGGAAGGCGGACAGUCUGCAUUUGUCGAAUUCCAUCUCUAGUCUGGUUAAAUCGGUAUCCACACCGGACAUCUCUGUGGCCAGUGGCCGCAACUUGCUGCCUGCUACUCCCAGUACCGAAGAUCAAGCAUUAUUAACCACUGAUGGCGUUUCAUUUGAUGACCAUAAUGGCAGUGUCCCAACGAGUCCGCCUUCGCAUGUUCUUCUGCAGGAACUGUUUGCAAGAUACCUAAAAGACCGUUGUUUACGUGACCGCCUGGGCGGGACGUCCCCGCUUCCUCAGUUUACCCGCUUCAGUUAUCCUUCUUUCUUUUGUACUGACACUCUGGAUGGGGCUUCCUUGCCUCUUCCGAGUGAUCCUUCUGAUGUCCGCCUUAGUCUAUCAGAGGCGCUCAAUGAUCCGUCCAUCGUUAAUGGCAAGGUUUCGGAAAGGAACCAUCUGUCGGCCAAACUGUCCAACGGGCGGGCAUCCUCCACCGAGACAACGGAUGACCUGAAUCAGCGACGGAUGAAUAAAGGCAAAGCACCGGAUUCGAAAGGGUUAGGAUUGGCGGGAAUGUAUGGGACGCAGGGUCGAUCACUGUCAUCCUCCUCGUUUAAUCUGGCUCAUUUGCCGCACAAUGCUACUCCCACCAAAGGUACCAUACUGCAGGGCAAUAUUUCCCUUGGUGGAGCUGGCAACCUAGUGAAAAAGCUGAAAAAGGAGAAAAUCAGAAGAAGCAGUAGGAUAUUCGGCAUUGGCGGAUCCAAGUCUAAAAAGACCAAAGAGGAAGCGAAACGCUGUCAGCAGACGCACAGCUUCGUUUCCGUCAGCUUCAGCAAUACCACACCGUGCCAAAUCUGUGGAAAACCGCUGGCUAACAAAUCGGCAUCGCAGUGUCAAAAUUGUCUGUUGACAUGCCAUGAUAACAACUGCCUGGAGCAGAUUGAUGCGUGCCCCUUCGCCACAAAAAACACGACCAACAGCACUACCGUCUCACCGCCACAGCAGUCAGCGGUAGGCUUUUCAUUGCGCAGUAUGCGCAGCGGUGAUCGCAGUCUGUCCAGUGGUCAAUCCGGCACACCGGGAACUCCCUCUACGCCCAUUUCGCCUUCUAGCGGUCUGAUUGGCAAUGGGCCACAGCUGCCCAGUGUGGUUAUUGAGAAAAUGAUGACGGAACAUGGUUAUGCGGCGGAUAAUCUGGCCGACGCGACAUCUCUUGGAUUAAUUGAUCCCAAAAAUUUAACGGCGGCGCAACCUCUCAAACGCUUGUCCGUCCCGUCCAGCUUCGAAGCAAGCACGAACACGCUUGCCGGCAGUGGAGUGCAAUCGCAAUCUGAUUCCAGUUUGUCUGCCAGCUCGCCUGCUUCUUCGCGACGCCCAGUGUCGCCGGGUAAUUUCUCCCGUUGGAAAUAUGUCGCUGAUAAGCUGCUCAAUAAGCCGACCAGCUGUACGACGGACACCCACGCCGACUCCGACAGUGACGAGAUCAGUUUAGCCACAAACGUCACCAGUAUUAGCGAGAAUGUAGUCGCACACGCGGAGAGCAAAGAUGUUCUGCUGCUUCCCUACGCCAAACUCUUAGACUUCGACCCCGAACUGCGCAUCGCCGUACCGGAAGCGGAAGCCUGGAGCAUGACGCAGGAUAAAGAAUUUCUCGCCACACUGUGCGAGCGGGAAAUUAAACGGCAGGAUAUCAUCUACGAGCUGAUACAAACUGAGAAGAACCACUGUGCCGUCUUAUUGAUCAUUGAUCAGAUUUAUAUUCGUGGUUUACGCAACGAACUGCAAUGGUCGGAUACAGAGAUCCAUAAAUUUUUCCCAUCAUUUGCCGACAUUCUUGAUGUGCAUAUCAAGUUUCUACGCCAGUUACGACAUCGUCAACAGCAGUCCCGUGUGAUUGAGUUUAUCGGUGACAUUCUCAUUGAGCAGUUUGAUGGAGAAAGAGGGCAGCGUAUGAAGAAAGCCUAUGGAGAAUUCUGCAGUCAUCACAAGGAAGCGGGCCAAAUCUAUAAAAGUAAACUGCAUAAAGACCGGAGAUUUGCCGCCUUCGAUACGAAGUGCAUCGACAAACUCAAGUGUCAUUCGAGCCGGUUUGACAUUCUGAGCUGCAUACUAUUGGUUACACAGCGGAUCUCUAAAUACCGUCUCCUUAUUGAAUCCAUCCUCAACAAGACGGACGUGGAGAGCUCAGAUAAGAAGUACGUCGGGCAAGCCUUUGACUGUGUCAAGCAGAUGCUAACCUAUGUUGACGCCUCCAUUGGAGCGGAAGAACGGCGGAAGCGUCUAAAUGAAAUCUACCGAGCUAUGGAUUCCAAAUCCUCCACAAUUAUCAACGGCGAAGAAUGGAAGAAGCACCAGCUGUUUGACCGUGCUUUAAUCUACGACGGUCCGGUGCAGUUCCGCAAAAACAACGGAAAGUUGGUGGAUGUCCAGGCCCUACUCCUUUCCGACUGCAUCGUCUUCCUCCAGGAAAACAAUCAAAAAUUCACAUUUGCCCAUGUGGACGAUAAGCCAGCCGUGGUGCCACUGAACCGCGUGAUAAUUCGUCCUAAAGCGGAACGAAGUGGCAUUCCAGAGAAGUCCCUGUUCCUUAUAUCUUCCGGGAUACCGCUUAACCCCUCAGGAUCAUUUAUCCCGCCGCCACCCGGCCCUCACUGCCGUGCAGAAAUGUACGAAUUAAUCUGCAGUACGGUGAAAGAGUGCGAGAAGUGGCGGGUGGAAAUUGCCGCGGCUUGUGGAGCACUUAGACACCAGGAGGAAGCCAGUGGACAGGAAACGGGAAUCAUGACGCUGGAUGGUAAUGUGAUUGUCGAUGAUGCGCAGAUCAGACGGAUGCGCGAAGUGAUAAAUAUUUGUCAAGCCAAAGAUAAGAAUAUCAGCCGAUUAUGUGAGGAUAAAUGUGAUCUAUUGCGCGAGGCCGCGGAUGCCGUCGGUUUGCCGCGGUGGCGGCUACCCAACCUGACCACCUCACCGGCCAACGGUACCCCUUCGGCGCUACUGGGCCCAGUGAUCUCAGAAGACAAUCUAGCCAUUGAACAACUGCAAAAUGUGCUCGUCAGUGCGCUAAGCGAGCUGAAUCGCUUGAUGCCGCCACCGUCCACGGGAGCGGUCAGUCCCCUUGCUAACUGUGAUACCAACACCAUUCCGCCGGGCCAACCCGGAUCCCUCAUCCUCUCUCCGCCACCGAUGGGACCGGCAGGCGAAGAGUUGCGGCCCAGCUAUGAACUGGCACUGUCGCCAACACCUAAACGGGCCGAGACAUUUGGCGGCUAUGAUAUCAGCAACAAAGAAUCGAUGAUCAAUGCCAACCGGUCUAUUAGCAUGAAGGAUAAUGGACGAGCUAGACCACGUCCGGCUACGACCAACCUCACCCAACAUCUGCAGAACACCUCACCCAACUCAAAACUCUCCACUGCAACAAUUUCUACAUGGACAUCGCGUGACUCGUGUGCCACGGCCGAUUACUCCUCCUCCAGCGCCAUUUCCUCCAGCCCUUCCUCCAGUCCGCGCAUGUCCGUGGCAUUGCCGGAUGAGGCAGUUUCCGGUGGCGUAACAACGCAUUCGGUUCCUUUGAGCGCGUAUCUACAUUCCGUCAUACAAUUGCACUGGCAUCUCAAUCAGAUCGUGGAUGGUGUGGCGCAUCAGUCAACUGCAUAUGAGAGCUUGAGCUCGAAAUACAUGGAAACACAGCAGAAAUUAAGCGCCAUGGAAGUGCGCGAUCGCAAGCAAAAUAAACAUGCCGCACAGCUGGAGGAACUGCGAUCUCUUCAAGAGGCAUUUAUGAAGGAGAAGAACCAGUAUCUAACUGAACGGGAAAAUGAGAACCAAUGGCUUAAACAAAAACGCCAAGAAUUGGACCGAGAAAUGGCAAAAUUGAAAGCGGAUAAGGACGACAUGGAUAAACAGCGUAAUGCCCUCUUCGCCCAGUGCGAGAAACUGCGCGAAAGCGGUCUGGACGUUGUCCUCAGCUCCAACGCGCCCUUUGUCCAGAUUUUCCCCAACGGACUGGAUCUCUCCUCCAAUAUUCCUAAAUCUCCGCUGCCGAUUGUACGCGAGGAAAUUAAGCCAGCCAGUCCGGGCCAGCUGACCUCGGAAAACCGGCAGGCGCUGCUGCAACGGCCACUGCCGCCGCCACCUCCACCGCGCACGCUUUCGGCCUCCACUCUCCCGCCACGACCGCCGCUUUCCUCCUCACAUUCACUGAACACCAUUAAAAUACCCAUGGCGCAGCUUAGCCCGUCGGCAUCGGUGGAAGGCGGACCAGAGCAGAAGAGCAAAUUAACGCCCACUAAGGAGGCGAAGUCGACGUUGAGCGCCAACUGGAAGGGCAGUAUGGAGUCAUUACACAAGAAGGCCGAAUCAGCGAAGGAAAAGCUGCGAAAUUUCGUGGACAGUUCUCCAUCCGUUGAAAAGGCUCAGGACCGUAUCGACAGCCCGUACGUCUCCUCCAAUUCCUUAUCCGUGCAUCCGGCCGGCCGACCCCGUCCGACCCUGCGCGCGGCCUCUGAAGCCAAACUGGGUAUUACCAAUCUCCUCCAUUUAUCAGAAAAGACCAGUAGUGGGAGCGGCGAAAGGGAGCUGAAGAAAAAGUCCAGUGAGAAAAAGCGGGGAUUUUUGUGAGAAUUACUUUUUAAAGGGAUCGGUACAGACCAGAGAAUUUGGUACACAAUCUGCUGCAUCCGGUGAUAAUGUUGAUCAGUAUAACUGUUUAUUUGCAUGCAAGGAAAGUGGGUUUACAAAAUUGAUUUUGUAUUUGUACAUUUUUUGUGGCGUGUCCAGACAUCUCUCAGGGAGAAAAUUGUAAAAAUAAUGUUUUAAUUAUUAUUGGCGUAACGUAGAAAAUUUGACAUUUAUUUCAGUGCAGUAUGAUCUGGUAUGUUCGUUUUCUAUUGGUUUACUUUUUUUACUUUGUAUUGUAUAAAACGGGUCAUUUCCCGGGUUUGACCGUUUUACAUUUCGUCCUGUUCCAGGUUUGGUUGUGACACGAACGGUGAUUGAUUAUUAAAACGCUCUAUACAUUG